AUGCCUGAAGCGAAACUUGUCAUGGACGUUGUGUCGCGAAUGGAAGACACGGAGCCGUUUACCGAAGAAGUUUUGACAGCAAUGAAGCACCUAUGGGCAGACGCCGGAGUGCAGGAAUGCUUCGGCCGCUCUAAUGAGUAUCAGCUAAACGACUCUGCUAAAUAUUUCCUCGAUGAUCUUGAUCGGCUCGGCCAUUACGAGUAUCAGCCAACAGAGCAGGACAUCCUCAGGACUCGUGUGAAAACGACCGGUAUCGUAGAAGUACAUUUCACGUUUAAAAACUUGAACUUCAAACUGUUCGACGUUGGUGGCCAACGCUCAGAAAGGAAAAAGUGGAUCCACUGCUUCGAAGACGUAACCGCCAUCAUUUUCUGUGUCGCUAUGAGUGAAUACGACCAAGUGCUGCACGAGGACGAGACGACGAAUCGAAUGCAUGAGUCACUGAAGCUGUUCGAUUCCAUAUGCAACAACAAGUGGUUCACUGAUACGUCCAUCAUCUUGUUUUUGAAUAAGAAGGAUCUUUUCGAAGAAAAGAUCAAAAAGUCGCCGCUCACCGUGUGUUUCCCUGAGUACACAGGUCUGCAAGAUUAUCACCAAGCGUCGGCUUAUAUUCAAGCACAAUUCGAAGCGAAAAACAAAUCCACGAACAAAGAGAUAUAUUGCCAUAUGACCUGUGCAACUGAUACAACCAACAUUCAGUUCGUGUUCGAUGCGGUCACCGAUGUGAUCAUUGCCAACAACCUUCGUGGCUGCGGUCUCUAUUGA